AUUUUCGGCGCAUGCCACGGGUAAUGCGACCCCACGAUGAGCUGGCAGUUAGCAAUUGUGGCAUGGAACUGCCGGCCGCGCCGCUCGUCGUACCAUUCGGGACGCUCCUCGGCAUCACGGAUGGCGGCGUCCACGUCUACUGCUGCGACUACACGACGCUGACGGACGACGCGCGCGCCAACCGCGACGACUUUAAGAGCGUCUUCAAUGGGAUCACGACCGGCUACAAGUGGCAGUGCGUCGAGCUCGGGCGGCGCUACCUGCUCGUCAACUUUGGCGUCGUCUUUGACAACAUUGCGAUGGCGUACGAUAUCUUCCGCCUCAAGAACGUCCGGCGUGUCCAAGAUGACCAGCUCGUGCCCAUGCAUUCGAACGUCAACGGCGAGGCCACCGAGCUGCCCGUGAAGGGCUCGCUCCUCAUCUGGAACCCCGUCGGUGAGUUUGAGCGCACAGGUCACAUUGCAGUCAUCGUCCACGCCGAGAACGACUAUGUCGACAUUGUCGAGCAAAACGUCGAGGACGAGGUGUGGCCCGCCGGCCAAACCUACUCGCGCCGGCUCAAAGCCACUGUCGACGAAGACUCGGGGGCGUACACAAUCGUGUGCACGUACGCCGACUCGUCGAUCCUCGGCUGGAUGACCAUCGACAUGGAGACCGAGUACAACUACGAAGACGUCAUGCUCGCAACGCCCAGCGACUUAAGCCGGCGCGAGGUCACCGUGUCGGCGGCGGCUGCGGUCGCGUCGUGGCUCGACCCAAGUGCUCCGUACGUGCAGACGUUCCUCGCGACGCCGGGCGCGGCGCUCGCACCGGGCGCAUCGCCGUACUUUACGCUCACGUCGCACGGGCAGACCGCGCUCGAGUAUGCCACCGACCACCUCCACCACAUGUUUCUCGACGCGACCGACUACGUUCUGCACCACGAGAAGGAGCUCGGGCCGCAUUUCCGCAUUCCACAAAAGCUCUGGCCGCGCAUUCGCCGGUCGUGGUUCCGGCGCAAGCCCGACUGUGUCGCGGGCCGCUUCGACUUUACCUUGACGCAAGACGGUCUCAAGGUGUACGAGUACAACGCCGACUCGGCCUCGUGUCUCCUCGAGUGCGGCCUCACGCAGGACGCGCUCGCGUCGGUAUUGGGGCUGCCCGGCCAUAGCAACAGCGCCAAACUCUUUACCAAGCUCGUCGAUACGUGGACAGCCCGACGUGUCAUUGGCCCCCUGCACUUGCUCUGCGACGACGAGCCCGAAGAGAUCUACCACGCCCAGUACAUGGCGGCCGCCGCGACCGCCGCGGGCCUCGAGACGCAUGUGGUCGUCGGUCUCGGCGGCCUUCAGCGCAGCGGCCACGAUAUUUUGGACGCGUCGGGCAACCUGCUUACCAAUGUGUGGAAGACGUGGGCGUGGCGCACGGCGCUCAACGAGCUCUCGGACGACGAGUGGGCCGGGUACCUCUUUGAAGACGACGCGGUCGACCCCAAGGCGCUAACGACGCCCAAGUACCGCGAGCGCGCCGGCACGACGACCAUUCUCCUCGUCGAUGUCCUGCUGCACCCUGCAAUUCGCAUUUUCGAACCACUUUGGACCGUCUUGCCGAGCUCAAAGGCCAUUUUGCCCGUGCUCACCAAGCUGUACCCCAAGCACCCGCUCUUGCUGGCGUCGUCGUUCACACUCACGCCCGAGCUGCAAGCGUCUGGGUACGUGAUCAAACCCGUGACGGGUCGCGCCGGGGCCAACAUCUCGGUGGUCGACGCCAACGGCACUGUCUUGUCGCAGUCGCAUGGUCGCUGGACCGACGACUCGCCCGUGUACCAGGAGAUCGCCCUCCUCCCGCAAUACGCCGGCGAGUACGUCCAGCUCGGCGCGUGGGCGAUCGGUGGCGUCUACGGUGGCGCCGUCGUGCGCGCCGACCCGACCAACAUCAUCCGCUUCGAGUCGCCCAUCUACCCGAUGCGCGUGCUCGACGAGACCGCGUCAGCGUAAUAAAAGAAGAUAUAUCCUUGCAUUUAUCCCUGA